CUCUCUCUCUCUCUCUCUCUCUCUCUCUCUCUCUCUCAGUCGAACAGACGCACUCAGGCCAACUGUUAUGGCUUGAACGUGGAGACUGUCGGACAAACGACCUGCAGCGUGAGCCCUCCCAUCUUCCCCGGGAAAACCACGGCUGUAUUUCUCAACACCUUCGACGUCUCUCCGGACAGAGAGUGGAACCACACUUUGGAAAUGACGGUGCAAGCAUCCAGUGGCAAUGGGAACUCCAGUGCUGGCAACACUUCAAUGACUCUGCAUAUCCCAGUGCAGUUCGCUGUCAAUGUGAUUAUCAAAGGUAUGGAUUCCUCCACGCAGUAUGUGAAUUUCUCUGAGAAGGCAACCGCAGCUCAGGUUAUAAAACACUCCUACAAGGUCGCCAAUCUGGCGGGGAAGGCUCUCCCACUGAACGUCACCUUCCUGUUCCCAGUGGAAAGUGGCCCCAAUUUCGUCUGGCUUGUCGACAGCGUCAACAGUAGCGAGAAAGACCUUGUGAAUUGUUCUUGGAUGCUGGCAGACAAGACAGCGCUGCGCAAUAGAAAACAGUACUGCUCCAAUGUGGGAUGCAAGGUUUGUCACUGUCACAUUUCCUCCCUGAACAAACUCUCUGCAAUAUACUUUGACUUCAGCGGGCCUGCUGAAUUUAGAGGCGAUCUAAAGGCAAAGGCUCUGAGUUUUAAAGAAGAGAUUAUAAAGGUGGAUUACUACAGCUCAGCCUUCAUCAGCUACAACACAAGACUGUACGUUCAGAUUGGGAGCAUAAAACAGGAGGAUGGCAGUUACAGUGAGUUCCACAAUGCCAGGAUUAAGACAGAGGCGGAGUUCAUGAAACACCCGAACAUGGUCGCCAUGAUCACGCUGAGCUGCUGCGGAGGAAUCCUCCUCUUCUUCAUCUUCGCAGUCAUUAUGUAUAAGCUCGGCUGCUUCAAAAGCAAGUACAAAGAAAUGAUGGUGGGGGAGAAGGAAGGAUCUACAGAGGAGGGAGAGAGAACGUCAGAGCCACUCUGUGAUAAGGAGGAGAAGAAGGAAGAGAAAGAAGAGUAACCGAGAGAGAGAGAGGACCCCUGCAGAAAUAUUUUGAUUUCAAAAGCGUGGAAAAGAGAAGCGAUGCCUUCAGUUACAUUUUAGAGAGCUUUGAUAUAAUUGAGUUGAACCCCUAAAAAAAAAAAAUUAUCCCACAGUAAAAGCACAGCAAAGUGGAUAAACCACAGCGACAGCAUGGCAAAGCA